AUGCGCUCAAGCUACCGGCCAUUGCAUCUUCUCUCGGCGGUCACACACAGUGGCCGCGCGCCCAUGGUCCACGUCAUGCUACCUACACCGGACCUCGUUCUUCAAGGCGUCCACACAGCGCUGGCUCGCGUUUGGCACAAGAUUCCGUCUUUGCCCGAGACACACGAGGUCGAGAUUUUUGCGCUCUUUCCGCGCUUCUCGUGGUCUC